AAACAGUAAAGCAAUACGAAGUGGAGACAUUUUCUACGACUACUGCUACGGCCUACGACUCUCCAUUGUAGAUGGCCCUUUACCUGGCUGCAUCUGUUGCAAAUUUAAGAACGCACCCCAUCAUGUGGCAUCUAUACUUCAGUUGACUUGAGUUGUUCCGAAAUAAGGACACAAUCUAACCCCUACGAUUGUUGUCCUCCGUCAUAUUAAAUCGUGGUACUUUGUCCCAAUCGGGAUGGAAAUCCAUUGGGUAUAGGAGAAAGAAGAAGAAGAAAACUUGAGUUAACUUCAGUGUUUCUCUCAGUUAUCUAAGGAAUAUCUUUAAAAUAUAAUUUUAUAUAUCUAAUAAUGUAAUUGAUACUCGAUAUAAUUAUGAACGUGAUUACUCUAAUCGCAGCUUUGUUUUUUGCUGAAUUAUGUUGCGGGACUUUGUUACCACCAACAGAAAAAAAUAAAAAAGAAAAAGGAAAAUUUAUUAAUAAAUUAUCCAAAGGUCCUGUGGAUCAAGAUGUUUUCCAAAGAAACUUGGUAGUAAAAAAUAUCAAACAACAGGACAUUCUUCAUGAAUCUGGUCGAUAUUUUCAAAAUACUAAGCAGAGAAGAUUUAAAGGAGACAUCCUAGGAUAUUGUACACCCUGGAAUAAAAAUGGUUUUGAAAUUUCCAAAAUAUUUCAUGGCAAAUUUACAAUGAUAUCUCCAGUAUGGUUAACUUUUCCUUUUGGUAAUACGUCAACCUAUCAAUUGUCUACUCAUUCUGUUCAAACUAAGUGGAUAAAAGAAAUGAGAGCCAAUAACAAUGUUAAUCAUAUCGUAAAGCUUAUACCUAGAGUAUUAUUUGAACACUGGUCAAUUGACGAUAUUAUUAAGAUAUACAGUAAUGGAGAGAGUCAAACUCAAUUAACAAUAUCUCUCUUAGACGCUGCUAAGACUUUCCAUUUCAAUGGGUAUGUUUUAGAAAUAUGGAAUCAGUUUGUAUUUGCAGGUGCAAAUCUAUCAAUUGUCACUGCUGUAGUCCAGUCUAUUGCACGAAAGUUGAGAAAACAUAAUUUAGAUGUUAUAGUAGCAAUACCACCGUUCAGAGGCACACAAGUUGAAUUGUUUUCAAAGCAGCAAUUUGAUGAACUAGCACCGUACGUAAACGCUUUUUCGCUUAUGACUUACGAUUAUUCGAGUAUUCAAAGGCCAGGUCCAAAUAGUCCCCUCAACUGGAUCAGACAGUGUGUAAAAUUAUUAACGCCGGAAGAUGAUCCCAGACGAUCUCAAAUUUUAUUGGGUAUUAACUUUUAUGGUUACAAUUAUACGCCAGAAGGUGGUAGAGCAAUUCUCAGCUCUGAUUAUUUAGAGAUACUAAAAUCGUUUAAAGGAAAGAUUCGUUGGGAUGACAGUAGCAAAGAGCAUUUCUUUGAACCAAAAUUAGCUACAGGUAAUAGUUAUGUCUUCUACCCUACGUUAUAUUCAAUCAAGACUCGAUUAGACCUUGCUAACGAAUUGGGUACAGGAAUCUCAAUUUGGGAAUUAGGUCAAGGAUUGAAUUAUUUUUAUGAUCUAUUAUAAAUUGUUAUAUAUAUAAAAGUUUUCGUUUUAUAUAAUCAUAAUUUUGUAAUAUCUAGAUAUAAAGAUACAUGUACAUAAAAAAA